AUGGGAAACUUUCUUUCACAGUUUAACGACCUUGUUAACAGAGACGCCGAUUCCAAAGUGCCCGAUGUCCAGCUCGACUUUGAAGAUUCAUCAAUGACCGAGGAGGAGCUCGAGUCAUACUCAAACGUUUUGCACCUGCUGGAACCAACACCGGAUCUGCUCCAGAUGCUCAGGACUUAUGACGGUUGUGGAGAAUAUAUCCGUCAGGCAAUUGGAUCGCCUGGCCCAGAAUCAGAGCAAGAGGCAUGGGACCAUGUCCGUCCUGCAGUCGAAAAGCUCAAGACCUUCUACAAGUACUCCACCUCCAUCGAAUCAUGCUUGCCACAAAUUUUGCAGACGCUGUGCAUUGGUGAUGUGAACAAAAACUUGGAGAGGCAUCCGGGAUUGGCAAGGAUCUUGUGCCAAUUGCUCGACUUUGUGUUUGAGUUUGACUCGCUCAAGAUGAAGACCCCUCAGAUUCAGAACGACUUUUCGUAUUACCGUCGCUGUUUGUCCCGAGGCAAGCUGUCGAACGAGGUGGAUCUCAAGUCGGCGAUGAACGAGGACGAACUCGCCAACCACGUCUCGAUGUUCUACGCCUACCCUACACCGAUGCUCAAGACGGUCACGGAAGUGACAACCCAGUUUGUGGGACAGCACCGUGUCCGCCGGAGUGUCUCUGAGUGUCUGGCGACAUUGGCGGGAGUAUGUUAUCACACUGUGAACAACAGCAAGAAGAAGCCCAACCAGCGGGCCGAGACGACGGCGUUUUGUCUGAGGGUGAUGGUGAUCUCGAUCAUUAUCUAUGACCACAUUGAGCCCCAGGGCGCGUUCAACAAGUCGUCGCCGAUCAACAUCAAGAACUCUGUCAAGGCCAUUCAUACCUUUGGAAACGCGACGGAUACCCCCAACCUGAUCUCUGCCUUACGGUUCAAUACCAAGCACUUGAACGAUGCCACGACACCCAAGACCAUCAAGACUCUGAUCGCCACUACUGCUUAG